CGACGUAAACAUCGUCACUUCGUGCGUAUUUUUUUUUAUUCAAGACGCCGUAAACGUUCUCAUCAAACUUUUUUAACGCGCCCGAACGAUGGCAGAGACCGCGCCCGCUCCUGCAGUCCCCACUGCCAAAGCGCCCAAAAAGAAAUCCUCAGCAAAGGCGAGAAAGUCCGGCCCGAGUGUUUCAGAUCUCAUCGUAAAAGCCGUGGCUGCGUCUCACGAGCGCAAAGGGAUGUCCCUGGCCGCGCUGAAGAAGGCGCUCGCGGGCGGCGGAUACGACGUCGAGAAGAACAAUUCGCGCGUCAAGCUUGCGCUCAAAUCGCUCGUUAAGAAAGGCUCGCUCGUGCAGACCAAGGGCACCGGAGCGUCCGGUUCGUUCAAGGUAACCAAAGGCGGUGCGGUGACGAAGCCAGCCAAGAAGCCUGCAGUCAAAGCCAAGAAGCCUGCUCCGAAAAAAACGGCGAUUAAAGCGGCCAAGCCUAAAAAAUCACCGGCCAAAAAGCCGGCUGCUAAAAAGGCGCCUAAGAAAGUGAAGAAAACGGCAGCAGCCGCGGCCAAAAAGGCUGUUAAGAGCCCGAAAAAGGCGAAGAAACCCGCGGCGAAGAAAGUGAGCAAGAGCCCGAGUAAGAAGGUGAAAGCAGCGAAGCCUAAAGCAGCCAAACCCAAAGUGUCCAAGGCGAAGAAGACAUCUGCCAAGAAGAAGUAAGAGACCCCACCAUGCUCUCAACUCCUAAACGACAACACCUUUUAAAGAGACACAGGGUUUUGUCAAAAUGGUAAAAUUUGGACUGAGCAUGCGCAGAACUACAAGAGGAGGAUGUGUUUUAGAGACUUGUAAAGAAACACCAGCGAGAUUUCAAACAGCGGCACACUUAACUAUAGCCAUGUUUCCAUCUGAGCUUUCCACACCUUCACAAAAAAACAGGGUUUGUGGAGAUCUUUGUUUAUAUAAUGUUUUUUGUUUGGUAAAAUACUUUUUUUAUUGCUUACAUGUGUUUAUCAGUGACAUCCUUAUCAGUAGGUAGAAAAGUGGUUUUGUUUUAUUUAUAAUUAUUUUUUAUCGCAUAAAUUGUGAUGGAAUAUUUGAAUGGAAAUGUUGCUAUUGAUUGAGUGGAAUCUGAGAACACGACACACUCUCACUACCUCUUUGCACACCAUGCACUAAUCUGAUUAAGGCAUUCUGCAGCACUUCAGUCCCUUUCCGAGCCGCUUAGACUACAGACCUGGGGAAAACAAACUGUGUAAGACAAACAAAAAUCUCUACACUAAAUCUCUAGUUGUAAAUACAAUUUGAUAUGUUUUAAUUCCAUUUUAAAUCUAAUCUCUUAAAAAGUCUGUCCACAUAGUCUCAUGUUUCUCUUGGCAAAUAUAUCCUGAUUGAAGUUUUUUGUACAUAAUAAAAUUUGUUAAUUUAUUAUUUUGUGUGUGUGAGAGAGAGUGACAAUAAUUGCUUUUCUGUAGUUGUGGUAUAACAUCUCUCUGUUUCUCUUUGUCACCCAAACCUUUAAGCAUUUAUGUAAAAAAACAAAAAAUAAACACAGAUUUAAUACAAAAACUUGCAAUAAACCCUAAGUAAAACCCAAA